AUGACAACUUCAACUGCAAGACGUAUAUUAAGUGAAAUAGAACAAUUACAAAACUUAGCAGCAGAUAAAGAUCCGUCAUCUGUUCAAUUUCUUCUUGAUGAAACAUCUAUGGAAAGUCCAGAAUCAUGUGUAAUUCUUGGAAGAAUUUUACCUAAAUCACAAAUUUAUAAUCAAGCUGCAUUUCAAAUAGAAAUAAAAUUAANAAAAUAG